CACACUGAAUACUUCACGUGCUCUCUUUCUAAUUAAGUUCUUCCCCUCAAGCCUCACUUCUUCUCUCCUCACUUUCUGCAAAGACCAGCUUAUCCAUUUCUGUUUUUUCGGAAACUGUGUCAGUUGGACCGUUGCUAUUUAUUCACUCCACCAACUCUACUCCAUCAAUUAUCAUAUCUGCACUACUCUUAUUAUAAGACUAAUUAAGGUAGUUUUGUUCGUUGGUCGACACAACUAUAAUGGACAAGGCAAAUAAGCAAGUGGGAGCUGGUUCCUCUUCUUCCUCCUUUACUAACGACCUUUUUGGUCCUAAGGAGACUCCUAAAUCCUCCUCUUCUUCCUCUGCACUCUUUAAUUCUGUCUUUGGACCACCUUCCACGGGACUUAGAAGGGACUCCGUUCACACUGGAGUUGGAGGUUCAUCAACCAUGAAAAAUUACCAGUAUGGAAAUGCAAAAUAUGGAACUUCAGGUAAUGGGUCCCAAGGAAGCAGAGGAGACAUAAGUAGCAAGGACAAAAGUUCCAUGUAUCAGAAUGAAAAAACAGAACCGAGCUAUUUGAGUUCAUCCAUCUAUUAUGGUGGCCAAGAUGUUUAUUCUCCAAAUAGCCAACCUGGUUCUCAGCAUAUUUUGAAGAAAGAUGGGGAAGAUGAUGAUCAAAAUGGAAACAAUUCAAACUGUGCUUCACGAGGAAAUUGGUGGCAGGGAUCACUUUAUUACUGAAAUCUUACCCCAUGCAUAUCUGAUCUCUUCCUUAGCAUAUAUAGGGAUGGAAGUGGAGAGAUCAGGACACAGUACUAUAUCUUCACUUAGGAAGGAGCGGAACAUAUUUUAUAAUGUCUCCCCUUAGUUUCUUACAUUUAUAGUUUCUCCUUUUUUUUUCGUGAUGUAGCACUUUCCUCUUUUGUUCUUGUGAUGGUAUUGGAUUACCUAAAUCAGCUUGUACAUGGAGUUCCCUCCUUACAGUUACUGAACCUUUCUUGUGUAAUCCAACUAUGUUUAACACUAAAUAAUGGCUAGCUUCUCUCUCUUUUGA